UGGAUCUCUUGACAACAGUGAAAAUGGCUUCACUGAAUGUAUCUGCAGAAGAACUUUCUUGUGUCGUGUGCUGUGAGAUCUUUAAGGAUCCUGUUAUUUUAUCAUGUAGUCACAGUUUCUGUAAAAAGUGUGUUCAGCAGUUCUGGAGAACCAAGGAAACUCAGGAGUGUCCUGUCUGCAGGAGAAGAUCCUCAAGAGAUGAUCCUCCAUAUAAUCUUGCAUUAAAAAACCUUUCUGAGUCGUUACGGAGACAUGGAAAUGAGAGGGGUUCAUCAGGAUCUGAGCAGAUCUGCAGUUUACACAGUGAGAAGCUCAAACUCUUCUGUCUGGAGGACAAACAGCCUGUGUGUUUAGUGUGCAGAGAUUCACAGAAACACACCAAUCAUACAUUCAGACCCAUCAGUGAAAUAGUUUCUUCUUACAAGGAGGAGCUCAAUACAGCACUGAAGACCUUACAGGAGAAGCUGACACAUGGAGAGAAAAUGAAAAAAGAGUGUGUGAAAACAGUUCAACACAUCAAGUCUCAAGCUGAGCACACAGAGCGUCAGAUUAAACAGCAGUUUGAGAAGCUUCAUCAGUUUCUCAAAGAUGAAGAAGAAGCUACAAUCACUGCACUGAGGGAGGAAGAGGAGCAGAAGAAGCAGAUGAUGAAAGAGAAGCUGGAGGAGAUCAAAAGACACAUCUCAACUCUUUCACAGACAAUCAAAGACACGGAGGAGAUGAUACAAGACAGUGACGUCUGCUUUCUACAGGAGUUUCCAGUCUCAAUGGAAAGAGUCCAGAUCUCACAGCCGGAUCCACAGACGCCUUCUGGAGCUUUGAUUCAUGUGCCACGUUACUUGGGCAACCUGCCGUUCAGAGUCUGGAAGAAGAUGCAGGACAUUGUUCAAAACACUCCUGUGAUUCUGGAUCCAAACACUGCGAACCCAGAUCUCAUCGUAUCUGGUGAUCUGACCAGUGUGAGACACAGCUGGAAGAAACAACCACUUCCUAAUAAUCCAGAGAGAUUUGACUCUUUUCACUGUGUUUUGGGUUCAGAGGGUUUUAACUCAGGAACACACAGCUGGGAUGUGGAGAUUAAAAAGAGUCGAUGCUGGAAUCUUGGAGUAACUACAGCAUCAAACCAAAGGAAGGGACGUGAUUUCUUUAGCGCUGAUGUCUGGAGUGUGUGGUAUGGAUUGUAUGAGCCAUCUGGUUUUCCUGUUGAACAGGAUCUUGAGCGUGUCAGAGUUGAGCUGGACUAUGAGAGAGGAACGGUGUCAUUCACUGAUCCUGUGACUAACACACACCUACACACAUUCACAACCACCUUCACUGACACUGUCUUGCCAUUCUUCUGUUGUUAUAGGUUUUCCCCUCUGAGGAUCGUACCGCUCAGCAGCUAAAGAAUUAAAGAUCAAUUCACUUAAUUUCGUCCACAGUAUGCCUGGAAAUUUGGAGUUGCUACAGUCAUGAGAAACCUGGAAAUAUCAAGUCAUGUUUAAAUUGUGAUAUCCAGACCUGAAAAAUACAUGAAAACUCAAAAGAGGAAAAUCAUGCAUUUCUUUAAUAUUUAAUAUAUUUUUAUUCAUUAUGCUGUUUCCUAAAAUAUUUAAUCAAGUGUUACCUGUCCUGAUUUAAAACACAUAGUGAAGGGUUAAUAAAAGCAAUGCAGCUUUACUGUCAUCUAGUGGUGAAAAUGUAAAACUGACUUAAAAAUUAAACUUCUCAUCGUUUAUUCAUGCAUGACUAGCUUUCUUCUGUGGGAAACAAAAGUAGAAAGGCAAAGUGUGCUGUAAUGUGUGUGGAAGCAACCACAGUGUUGUAUGUGAGAACGACAGACACAGAGUUGAAAUAAAAAAGCAGGCAAACCAGAACUCCAGAUAGCUACAGAACUGCAAAGAAAAGAUUUGAGGGCCU